GCGCUGACCACUUCCGGGAUUUGUCAGCCGCUCCCUCUCGGCCUCCGUCCUACGCCCGCGCCCGCCGGAGCUUGUUCGCGUCGACUGACCAGAGUCCGCGAAUUCUCCGCUGCGAGCCCCUCCAGACCGCCCAGACCUCAAGUAAAGAGCAGCAUUGCUUUCUAUCCUUUGAAAACACUAAGAAUAUGUCCCUGCAUCAGUUUUUACUAGAGCCAAUCACCUGUCAUGCCUGGAACAGAGACCGUACCCGGAGACAACGUGAUGUUUACCCACGUGAUUCUGAACUGUUUCACCCAAAUUGCCCUUAGCCCCAAUAAUCACGAAGUUCACAUCUAUAAGAAGAAUGGGAGCCAGUGGGUGAAAGCUCAUGAACUCAAGGAGCACAACGGACACAUCACAGGAAUUGACUGGGCUCCCAAGAGCGAUCGCAUUGUCACUUGUGGAGCCGACCGCAAUGCCUAUGUCUGGAGUCAGAAAGAUGGUGUCUGGAAGCCAACCUUGGUGAUCCUGAGGAUUAACCGCGCAGCCACUUUUGUGAAGUGGUCCCCUCUAGAGAACAAAUUUGCUGUGGGAAGUGGAGCACGACUCAUUUCUGUUUGUUACUUUGAAUCUGAAAAUGACUGGUGGGUAAGCAAGCACAUUAAAAAGCCGAUUCGCUCUACAGUCCUCAGCUUGGAUUGGCAUCCCAACAAUGUUUUACUUGCAGCAGGAUCCUGUGAUUUCAAGUGCAGAGUGUUUUCUGCCUACAUUAAAGAAGUGGAUGAAAAGCCAGCCAGUACACCCUGGGGCAGCAAGAUGCCUUUUGGCCAACUGAUGUCAGAGUUUGGUGGCAGUGGCACUGGUGGCUGGGUCCAUGGAGUCAGCUUCUCUGCCAGUGGGAGUCGUCUGGCUUGGGUCAGCCAUGACAGUACUGUGUCUGUUGCUGAUGCCUCAAAAAGUGUACAGGUCUCCACUCUGAAAACCGAGUUCCUGCCACUCCUGAGUGUGUCAUUUGUCUCUGAAAACAGUGUUGUGGCUGCUGGCCAUGACUGUUGUCCGAUGCUCUUUAACUAUGAUGACCGCGGCUGCUUGACCUUUGUCUCCAAGCUUGACAUUCCAAAACAGAGCAUCCAGCGCAACAUGUCUGCCAUGGAACGCUUCCGCAACAUGGACAAAAGGGCGACGACUGAGGACCGUAAUACCGCUUUGGAGACACUGCACCAGAAUAGCAUCACUCAAGUGUCUAUUUACGAGGUGGACAAGCAAGAUUGUCGCAAAUUUUGCACUACUGGCAUCGAUGGAGCCAUGACAAUUUGGGACUUCAAGACCUUAGAGUCUUCGAUCCAAGGCCUCCGGAUAAUGUGAAGCUGAGCGACCCUGUCAUCCAGCAUGAGAACGGCGGCUGAGCGCAGCCCUGCCAUUCGCAUGAUGGUGAGGAAAGCCAGCCCAAGGAAACACUGUAACACAUACCGUGCAAAUAUUGUGUGUUUUUGUUUGAAUAUAAUUGGUGAAAGUGUUGGUUUUUUAAAAAGCAGCAAUGGUUUGGUUUUGUUUUCGCGAUUUCAUUCCAUUCUUGACCAAAGCUUCUCUUUAAAUAGUUUAUUAUGGAAUUGUCACACUAACUUAAAGGAAAGGUUGAAGAAGGUAUGUAAAUUGUCUGCUAGAAAAUUAAAUAAAAAUCCUGAAUGUUU